AUGUCGGUUGUAUACAUUGGCCUUGGGCAAUUCAUGGGUGAGGUCGAUGGCAAAGCGGACAUCACCGGAGCGAAUCAGUCUCUGGAUUGGACUCUCGUCUGUCGGAUUAUCCUCGGAUUUCAUCUCAUGCUUGAUCUGAUCAAUCACGGUGGACAUCUGCGUGUCGUAGUCGUAGUCUACCCCGCAUCCCGGCACAAUCGAGGUCAAGUUCCAAUCGCGUGGAUCGGAUGGAAGAUCGCUGGCGAGCACCUUGCGUUGAUCUUCAACUCAUGGGUAGGAAAAGAUGGACCGCGCAACUUCCCACUUGAUGAUAUGAUUGUCAAGCUGGGCGGGUUCUUUUUCAAUGUCACUGUCAAAGUAUUGUGUAACGGCUUCCGGAUUAACACCUCCUGA